GCGAUGAUGUUGGCAGUUGCCAGGGCCGUGGGUGAUGGGUCUGCAGAAAAUUUCGUCCGAGACCUGCUGGGAAGAAACCAGGCGGAGAUAAACAGAGAGCGGGAGCUCGAGGCGACGUUCGUCAAUUUCGACCAAGACAGGGAUGACCGGCUCAACCACAGCGAGUCUUGGCUUUGGUACCGGUUUCUCGAUGAAGAGGGCCAGGACUCUGAUGUGACAGAACAGCACCAAGCUGCUUUUCUGGAGUUCGACCAUGACCACGAUGGCAAGUUCUCUCGCUCGGAAGUGUCUGAGCUUCUCUCUUGUAUGGACAAGGUGGAGGCGUUGCAAGAGGCUGUGGCCAGGGAGACCGAGGAGGAAGAAGCGGAGGAGGAAGAGGAGGAGGAGGACGGUGAGGCAGGCGAGAUGGCAGAAGGAACCGAAGGUGAUGAGGACGACUCAGAAGAGGAUGAGGAGGAGGAUGCAGAUGAAGAUGCGGAGGAUCAGUAG